AUGAGGAUCGUGCUCUCCUUGAGAGCCUCGCUAUUCCUCGCGGCGCCGUGGGUUGUCGCAGCCGUACCCUCGGGCGACUACGCGCCGCAGGUCUGCUUUAAUGCGUGCCAGGAGACGCUCAGCGCCGUGCACUUCGAUGACAUGCAGCAGAGCCAGGCGCUCGUGAACCAGACCUGCCAUAGCCAACGCCAUCUGACGGCGCUGUAUCUAUGCCUCCAAGUUUAUUGCAUGCCUGAGGCUCGGGCCGUGGGACUCGGGCCGCUGAAUCAAACGUGCCGGGAGCACGCCAGCACGACAAUCCCGCCCUUCGAGUUUGUGUCAAAUUACACCUCGAUCGACAUCGGCAGCAUCCGCAGGAUUGAAAUGAACGAGACGGGAAAGGCCGAGACGUUUAGGGAGGUUGUAUUACCCUCCAAAGCGUUCUUCGGUGUCUGGUGGGACACACUGGACUCGGUGGCCUACGUUUAUAAAUAUCAUCACCUCUAUGGCGCUGCUAUGAUUGCCUUCUGGGUAGCUGUUGUCGCCAUCGGAUUUGCGAACCACGCCAUCUCGGCCGUUUCUAAUUCAAACGCAGUCAGCCGGCUCCCAUUCAAACCACCACGCCAACUAUCACACUGGUACUCGUGGCUAGUCAACAUCAUCUCGGUCCCCGCCACCCUUGGGACACGGUGUGCUCAAAAGGUUGGCUGGGGUACCGUUCCGCCUAUGAUACAGACCAUCACCAUGUUGAUCUUCCUCGUGGUGAACGUCGUGUUGAGUGUGAUUGGAUAUCGAAUCGUACCGGUAAACCUGUACUUCAAUACCGUCGAGUUGCAAGUUAUCCGAUACGUCUCUGAUCGAACGGGCAUCAUCUCAUUUGCCAACUUCCCGAUUAUUUGGUUGUUCGGCAUGCGAAAUAACCUACUCAUGUGGUUGACGGGAUGGGACUUCGGAACCUACAACAACUUUCAUCGAUGGGUCGCCCGCAUUGCAACCCUCCAGGCCAUCGUGCAUUCGGUGGGAUAUACAGUUCUGGUUAUCAAAGAGGGUGGCUGGUCCGGCUUUGCAUUUUGGUGGACUUACAUGUUCUGGUGGACAGGCGAGAUUGCCACUGUCGCCAUGUCGAUUCUCUUGGGCCUAUCAUUCUACUGGAUUCGACGCCAGCAGUACGAGUUGUUCCUCAUUGUCCACAUCGUCAUGUCAAUCAUCGUGCUUGUGGCAAUGCUUGGCCACGUUUCCAUCUUUGACGGAGUGUACGACGGACUCUUCUGGGUCCCAGCCUUUAUCUGGGUAGCGGACCGCGCGUUCCGAGCCCUUCGGAUCAUGGCCUUCAAUCCCAACUUCUGGCGCACCCUAGCGAGCGCAACAUUCAACGAGUCGUCCAACAUCAUUCGCGUCAGCAUCCCGUGGGGCACCAGCCUCUACAAGCCCGCGCCGGGCACGUACUACUACAUCCACGUGCUCAACGGACCGCGCUUCUGGGAGAGCCACCCGUUCACAGUUGCGUCCGUGUUGGACAAUAGCCAGACAGCCUCGAAACUCCUGGGCGAGCAAGUCCCGCUUCUCGAGUCGGGCGAUACGGAGCCAUGCUCCAGUGCCGCUGAUGACCAGGGCAUCGAGGAGGACAACUGCUCGAUGACGUUCCUCAUCAGACCGUACGACGGGUUUACAUCUCGUCUUCGAGACAUGGCUGCCAAGGGGUGGCCCAGCAAGGCGCCUCUGCGCGUCCUCGUUGACGGACCGUACGGACACACACAGCCGUUCCACCUCUUCGACAACGUUGUUUUCCUGGUCGGAGGAAGCGGCAUCGUCGUCGCGCUGUCAUACCUCCAGGUCCUGACGGGCGCGAGUUCGCCAAAAUCGGUGCAGAUCCACUGGGCCGUCCGCGAACCGGAGUUUGCGCUGGAGGUUCUCGAACGGGACAUCGGGGACGCUCUGGGCAGUUCGAACUUGUCAAUAGAUAUCCAUCUCACGUCUUACCCGCGAGAUGGGUCGCGCGACUGGCCAUCGCAGGUAAAUAUUCACAGCGGCCGCAUAGACGCGCCUUCAAUCAUCAGCUCGGUCAAGGGGAAUGCGGUUGGCGAGAGUCUGGCCGUGGUCGCCUGCGGGCCAGCACAGAUGGCUGACGCGGCGAGGAAGACGGUCACCAACAUGCUGAGCAGCGGCAUUACUCGGAUAGAGUAUUUUGAAGAGAGCUUCCAGUGGUGA